GGAAAAGGGGAAUUUUUUGCAUAGGAAUUGACGACUACGGUAAACAAAAUAGUAACUACAACAUAAAUAUAAUAAUAAAUAGAGCGAUAUGAAGUUGGAAUUAAGUGAGUUUAUUCAGGCGUCUAGAGCCCUUCACGAGCGUCGAGAUCGAGGUGGGGUGAAGCGGACUCGUUUAAUGCUCCGCCUUCGUCCGCAUAGCCAUACAAAGACCUUCGUUAUGAAGUGCACGGACGGUCGAACAACCUACACUACUUCUGUCAGCCAUCAAGGACAGCUCAAACUGGUGGAGAGCCUCGUGCAGGAUUUCGUUAGCACCUGCACGGCAGACUCCACACCAGUGAAGACAAAUAAUCCAGAGGUAGAAGCUCCUUCAUCGCAGCAGCCCCCCGCGGUGAGCACGCCGCAGAAUAAUACUAAUCCCAACAACGCUAAAGGCGGUAAGAAGAAAAAGAGAGGAAAGCGAUAA